AUGGCUGCCGGACGAGCGGUCGCAAUGGCGGCCAUGGUGGCGGCGGCGGCGGCGCUGCCGCUGCUCGCGGAUGGCGCGUACGCGGACUGCUACAACUACUGCUUCAACGACUGCAUCUCCAAGGACAAGUCCAUGAGAGACUACUGCGGCUACGCCUGCGACAAGACCUGCGCGCCCGACGCCGCGCUCUGGCGCCCCAUCGCCGGGCUCCCCAUAAACUGCCAGGUCGCCUGCGUCAGGGAGUCCUGCCACCGUCGCCGUGAAGAUGGCAACGACAUGAAGGCCUGCUACGGGCAGUGCUACGACCGCUGCGAGACCAAGGCCGGCCUGCCGAGGCCUCUCCGCGCAGGCGCUGGCGUUGGCGCUGUCCGGCCGGCGGCAUUGCCCGACCAUCCAUUCGACGAGAAGCAGGACGCUGUCCGGCCGGCGGCGUUGCUCGACCACCCGUUCCACGAGAAGCAGGACACUGUCCGGCCGGUGGCGUUGCCCGACCAUCCAUUCCACGAGAAGCAGGACGCGGUCUGGCCGGCAGCGUUGCCCGAUCACCCGUUCCACAAGAAGCAAGACAUUGUCCGGGCGGCGGCAUUGCCGGACCACCCGUUCCACGAGAAGCAGGACGCUGUCCAUCCGGCGGCGUUGCCCGAUCACCCAUUCCACAAGAAGCAGCAGGACGCUGUCUGGCCGGCGGCGCUGCCCGAUCACCCAUUCCACAAGAAGCUGGAUGUUUUCAGCCCGGCGGCGUUGCCGGACCACCCCUUCCACAAGAUGCGCGACGCGGUCAAGCCGACAGGGGAGCCGGAUCCAGGACACGUCAUCUCUCCGGCAUGGGGCCCCGUCCGCCCCUAA